AUGAAUUACACCAUACUCCUCACGGCCAUUUUCGCAUCACACAUCAUCUCACCAGAGGCCCUGUUCACCCAGACACCCAAAAUGCCAGCGCGAACGAUCGAGUUCCAUGCGGGUGAGCUCGCCCUCCACAACCUUCUCAACGUGCCACGCCAGUCGAACCCCACCGCUUCCGGUCUCCCGCCGUCCUACGGUGCCCGCAUCGCCGCAUCGCCGCUUCUGGCCCUCGGCACGCUCGACCGCCACAACCGACCGUGGACUACGCUUUGGGGCGGCGAGGCGGGCGGCGUUGCGCGGCCGAUCGCCGAGGACGUUCUCGGCGUCCGGAGCCGCGUCGACGUCGUCGACGACCCCGUCCUGUCCGCGCUCUGGGACGUGGACGAGGAAGCGGAGGGCGUGAAAGAUGGGGAGGUUGUGCAGCCGGGGCUGGGAGGGGACGGCGGCAGGCUUGUGGCCGGGCUGGGGAUCGACCUGAGGACCAGGGAUCGGGUUAAGUUCGCUGGGCGGAUGGUCGCCGGGGCCGUGAACGGCGGGGAGGUGCAGGUCGCGGUCAAGGUUGAGGAGAGUCUGGGGAACUGCCCCAAGUACCUGAACAAGAAGGACGUCGAGGCACGGGCGUCGAUCGAGAAGGGGAGGGUGGAGAGAGGCCUGCCGCUGGGCGAGGGGGCGCUUGGGGUCGUGGAGCGGGCCGACAUGGUGUUUCUUACAAGCGGCCACGAAAAGAGCAUGGAUACGAACCAUCGGGGAGGCCCGAGGGGGUUCGUGAGGGUUGCAAGGAAUGACGUCGGCGGGGUGGAGAUUGUGUAUCCCGAAUUUUCCGGCAACCGUCUUUACCAGACGCUGGGGAACCUUAAGGUGAACCCCUUGAUCGGCAUCGCGAUCCCGGACUUUGAGACGUCUGACGUCCUUUACCUCACAGGAUCGGCGUCUAUACUCGUCGGAAGGGACGCCGCCGCCCAUCUCCCGCAUACGAAGCUCGCGGUGAAGGUCAAGGUGGCGGCGGCGGUGUUUGUCGAGUCCGGGCUGCCCUUCGUCGGUACGCCCCUGGAGGCGUCGCCUUAUAACCCCCCCUUGCGGCGGUUGCUUAGCGAGCAACAGCAGACGCCGCUGUCAUCAGAAACGCCAACGGGCAGAUCGGUGACGCUCCUCCGCCGUGAGGUGAUCACGCCGACGAUCGCGCGCUUCGUCUUCCGGUUGGAGGCAGCCGGGGCGAGGUGGGAGGCCGGGCAGUACAUCACGCUCGACUUCUCGGGGGAGCUGGACGUCGGGUGGAGCCACAUGCGCGACGACGAGCCGCAGAGUCUCAACGACGACUUUGUCAGAACGUUCACGGUGUCCCGCCCGCCGUCGGAGGACUGCAGCGAGGUCGAGAUCACGGCGAGGCGGAAGGGGCCGGUCACGGACCUGCUGUGGCGGUGGAACCUGCGGGUGCCGCUAGAGGUCCCCUUACUGGGAUUCGGCGGCGAGGAGGCGUUCCGGCUGGGACGACGGGGAAGGGAAGACGGCGUGGAGGAGGUGUUUGUGGCGGCCGGGGUUGGGAUCACGCCGCUGCUCGCGCAGGCCGGUGGUGUUUUGGGAUUGGGGGGAAGGUUGAGGGUGUACUGGAGCGUGAGGGGACAGGACGUCAAGCUGGUGAGGGAUGUCUGCGGGAGAAUUGACGGGCUGGCGGGUGUCAUGCGGGUGUUCAUCACAGGCCGAGUUGAGGAGGAGGAGGAGGCGGUCAUCACGGAGAUCGAGGCGCUUGGCGCCGCGGUCGAGAAGCGUAGGUUGGGGGAGGCGGAUGUCAAGGGCGGGACGAGCAAGAGGAGGUUCUUCCUGUGCACGGGGCAGGAAAUGCUGAAGGCGCUGAAUGGGUGGCUGGAGGGAGAGGAGGUCGUGUGGGAGGACUUUGCGUUCUGA